GGAGGAGGGGAGGGGGCCUCCCCUCCAUCCCUGGCCGUCUACCGUGUCAGAGUUGGUGACGUCGGUCGGGCUCUUUUAGUGACGGCAGAGUCCGGCCCAGACGACACAUCACACGGGUGGGUCGGCCAGUCAAAGCCGAUUUGCGCCCCGCGUCAAAGCGCACCGCCUACAACACGAUUAACGGCCAGAAGGCUUAUCUAGUAUAUCACGGACUUCAAAAUUACUUAACUUCGCAUGACCUACGUUCGUGACAAGUGAAUGAAUCUCAGCAGAUGGUACCAGAAUGAUCGCUCUACAUACAUAUGAUAGCGUUAGGUAUGUUGCAAUAAAGCUGGUUCGUGUGAAAGCAUAGCCUUUCAUAACACGAACAGCAUUCGCUGAGCCUGACGAGGGGCAGGAAUAACUGGUGUUGAGCGGUGGCUUAUGCUGAGCCUACCUAAACAAUAUUCCUCGAACAUAGGUAUUAGUUACCUACAUGGUUUGCUAAUAAUGCCACCACUUUGCUACUAAAUAUAAGUCAAUUGUUACAUUUUAUUUUAACUCAAUGGGGAAAAGUGAAAACUGCUAUCUUAGCGCCGGGAACGACCUCAAGCUAUCUCAAGCACACGGAAUGGUGAUUUCUUGAACUCAUUGCAAGGUCCGAUGCUUCACUUUUGCAUUGUUGACCUAUCGUGACGUCAUUUAUGACGUCACUUGGGUCAUAAAUGUUUUUCGUCAAUGACUCCCGAUCAACUUGAGCUAGCGAGUCGGGAAAGUCACCAACAGACCCAGGAAGACCUGCCGAAUCGAAUAAUAUGCGACAUAACCUCCUUCGACUAGCUUCGUGACCUGGGGUGCGCUGACCUGAACUUGACCAGAGGUCAACACCUUAAGUUGACCUCACCCAAACAAAAAGUAUACCAUUCGACGCUCCUCAGCCAGGCGAACACAAGGAUGCCCAAAUCGCGGCUCUGCGACCGUUUUUUUGUGAAAGUUGUUUAUGAAAAACUGAACCUGUACCUUGGGUCACUUAACCUGACCUCAGAGGUCACCGGUAAACCAGGGACCUUAAACUCGGGUACCAGUCGCUGCGUCUCGUAACGGGGCACACGCUCAUUUUUCUGGGAUGCUCUAGUUAGCUCCAUCAGGAGCGAAAUGGCGAGGGGGUCGUACAACAUCGGCCGGCGAGUAUGUAGAAAACCAAUAGGUCCGGCGAGGGUUAACUGCAUGCUAGCCAAUACAAACUGCAAUUGCAUUACAAGCCCGAUAAAACAUGAUUACCUACCGUACAAUGCACCUUUCAGGACUCGAGCGUUGGCAUCACACUAUUCUCAUGACCUUGGCUGUUAGUGUUAGCCUUUGUCGUGUAAUUGCACGGUGCGUUAGCCCCGUCUCCAGUGCAGCUCGCAUGGCCGGCCUUCUCUCGGCUCCAUCUGAUACGCGGGACGUUAUCCGCUCUCGGGGACCGGAUUGCUGCCACUCACAGACCGGGGAGCCCUGCUGAGCUAUAUAAACUGCCGGCGUGCGCAGCGAGGCACAGUUGCCUUCGUGACCAAGGAUCAGCACCUCAACCUCAACAUGAAGCUGGCAAUCUUUGUGUGCUUGGUGGCGGCGGUGGCCGCUGCACCGCAGGACUAUUAUCAGCAGCAGCCAGAGAUCAGACUGCUGUCGUACCGGUUCAACUCGGACGACAAGGGCAACUACGAGUACGGAUACGAACAGGACAACGGACAAAGGGUGGAGGAGGUCGGCAAGAGCAUCCCCGGCUACGAGCCCGAGACGGGCUCCAUCUCCAAGGUGGGCUCGUUCGAGUUCGUCUCGCCGGAGGGCCAGCAGUUCCGCGUGGACUACACGAGCGGCGAGGAGGGCUUCCUGCCGAGCGGCGCCCACCUGCCGGUGGCGCCUGCGCAGCUGCCCGAGUACCAGGCUCACCAGCAGCAGUUCCCGGAGCUGUACUGAGACGCCCGUUACACUGCCGGACCGCUCUGAACGUCUGACCCCAUCUACUGCCCCUGUGAUAACGGGCGCCGAUCUCAUGGUGCGCCGCUGUCUAGCUCAAUAAUACAUACAUCUGAUCAUUA